GAGGAAAGCCAUAAAAAAGCCAUGCUUCAGUAGAGGUUAGCAGCCGUCCGUCGAAACGAAUCCCAAGAAAUCCGGUAUUAUCCUGUGCAUCAGUGCAUGCAUAUUUAGGGGAAUACAAACAUUUACCUGUCUAAAGUAUUUGGUAUUGCGUGGUAACCCUCAACAUAUCUAAAUGCCCACCUGUCUAUAAAGAAUGUGUUUUUUGAGAGGUAGGAGCCUCCAUCUGGAGGAACUCGUGAUGGAAAAGAAACUCUUAACGUUAAAGGUGAAAUCGUCCCGGUGACGAAGGACGUUUACUCGCUUGAUUUCCCUCCCUUUGGAUGAAAAAGUGGAAAUGUGAACCGUAGGAUGUGAACUGCCCUUGCUUUUCACAAGACGACCGAGACAAGAAUUCAACGGCUUUGUGAAACUCAAAGGGUCACGUAGUGGACUUUGAAGCGAGAGGAAAGACUGAAACACGAACUGGGUUUCUACAAACAACACAGUUGUCCUCCUCUGCUGUUUCUUCUUUCUUCUCUUGAAUACACCCUUCCAACUUGGCGCCUUCUUUGGUCAGUAACACGACAGCACCGUCAUCGAUCUCAGCUGGCGACGAGCUACAUGCUCUUUCGGAGCUUGCUUCUCCCCAGCAAGACCCGACCGACAGUUGCCCUGCGUCCACUUCCUCGACGACCCCUCGGAGAGUCGGCCUGUCACAUGCAGAGGUUGCUGGCAUUCGAAUUUCUCUCGCAAAUGACAUCCAAACCCGUUUCCAAUCCACUCCCCGCCGACCUCUCUCCCUGGCAUCCGGUCUUUCGUUGAGCGACACUACACGUGAAAGAAGCACCGUCGAUUUUCGAGAUUGCACAGCCGAGAAGCACAUGCAAGCCAUUCGCCAGCUCCAUGGAAGCAUCCUUCAUAAUCUCUCGCUCGUCCAACAAUCCACCGCGAAGCUGCUUUCAGGUGAACGCUUGGAUGGCAAUAAACACAUCUGCAUGUUUUUGUCUGAGUCUUUCCCUGCUUCACCUCUGAAAAAACAUGCGUGUAUGCAUUAACGAUACAGCAUCUGUGGAUGGGAAAUCGACUGGGAGGCUAUGCGUACAACUUCCCUCAAACCCUUUGGAAGACGCGAAAACUGAAGAAGUUGGUUGUUGGAUGCCUCUUGUGUCUCGAUGUCGCUGACAGAGCAAGAGGAUCAAUAUCAACGACAGUUUCGGCUCUACCUCCAAGAGGUGCUGGAAGUGUCGGCUCGUGCGACUCAGCAACAAAAGCCUCCCAUCGAGAUCAGCACUCUUCACCGCAUUCUCCUUCGAGAUGUCCAGACGGCGCAAGAGUUUGCCAGAGAUUCUGACGAACUCAAUCAGGCUCUCCAAAAAGAAAACAAACGACUCAAGUUGGAACUAAGCUGCGAACAGGAACAUGCCGAAGCGCUUGCGAAGGAGCUCGUAUUGACGAAGCGAAGACUCGAGCAAGAGAGGAAACGGGCCUCGGCGCACAACGGCGGCACAUCCGCCUCUGGCUCUUCUGUCCACCCUGGCAGUGGCCGCCGACGCAUCGGACAGCGGCAUGAGAGACUGAGAAUUGCCGACAUGCAACAAAACAAGAUCUUUGAGAGAGAAGUUCGUCUUCGUGAGGAGAACCAAAGGUAUCAGCGAAUCAUCGAGGCUCAGAAAAAAGAACUGCAUCAACUUCGCGAUGCACAAACCAAGACAGCAGCCAUGAGGAGCGAACUCGUCUCGUUUCUGCAACAAGCCAUCAACGACAUCAGCGCGAAGGUUGCCGGACUCCGAAGAGUGUCUACCGUGGAGACGAACAUGAAGUUGCUCAGCGUGCACCACGUCAGCGAACUGACUAUGGCUGACCGCGAGGAAGUCUUGAAGAAACUGUUGUCUCAGCAGAAAGUUGUGAGGCUUCUGCAAGACUUGGUCGCCGCAGACGAACCUUCUACCGGACGUCUUGACCUUUCGUGGAUGACCGACACGUAGAUCCGGCACGACGCUUGAAGUGAAGCCAGGGAAACUCUGGUUUUCCUAACGGAUUCUACGGCGACUUAGACAUAUAUCCCAAGUUCGUGUCUGUUAUCUCCUUUUGUUUCUUGCAUGUGAUGACUGCCUCGCGGCCAAUGCAUUGUGCACUUGGCAAAGAUUCACCGUUGAAGAAAAGGAGAUUUAGGGAGUUCUCGCUUCGUAUCCGAUCAUUUCACACACGCCUAUACAUUCCUAUGCAUUCCUAAGUAUAUUUAUGUCCCUCUACUUCGUUUUCCCGU